CAGGAAGAGACUGACUUAUUAUUUCUUCUUUCUGUCACUGAUUUUUUUCUCUUUGGCAAAAGCAAACAAGAAUCAGCCAUCAGAGGACAACGAAGAGAAAGACUUUGAAGAAGUGUAUUUCUGAACAGACAGCAGAUCUUUGUGAUUCUCGAGGUUAUUCAUGUUUGAAACCAUCAUUCAGCAAGUGAAAGUAAAGUUUAGGUUGCUGGAGCUCAAACAGUGAAAAUGGCUUCAUCAGCUGAAUAUGACUAUAAUUGUCCUGUGUGCUGUGAAAUCUUCAAGACUCCUGUUCUUUUAUCAAGUAGUCACAGUGUCUGUAAAGAGUGUCUUCAACAGUUCUGGAGAACCAAGAAAACUCAGGAGUGUCCUGUCUGCAGGAGAAGAUCCUCAAGAGAUCAACCUCUACAUAAUCUGGCAUUACAAAACUUGUGUGAGUCGUUCCUGAAGCAGAGAAAUGAAAGGCGUUCAUCAGGAUCUGAGGAGAUCUGCAGUUUACACAGUGAGAAACUCAAACUCUUCUGUCUGGAGGACAAACAGCCGGUGUGUUUAGUGUGCAGAGAUUCACAGAAACACAUCAGUCACACAUUCAGACCCAUCAGUGAAGUUGUUCCUUCAUAUAAGGAGGAGCUCAAUACAGCACUGAAGUCCUUACAGAAGAAACUUGAACACAGUGAAAACAUUAAAGAAGAGUUUGAGAAAACAGUUCAACACAUCGACUCUCAAGCUGAGCACACAGAGCGUCAGAUUAAACAGCAGUUUGAGAAGCUUCAUCAGUUUCUCAGAGAUGAAGAAGAAGCUACAAUCACUGCACUGAGAGAGGAAGAGGAGCAGAAGAAGCAGAUGAUGAAGGAGAAGCUGGAGGAGAUGAACAGACACAUCUCAGCUCUUUCACACACAAUCAAAGACACGGAGGAGAUGAUGAAAGCCAGUGACGUCUGCUUUCUGAAGGAGUUUCCAGUCUCGAUGGAAAGAGUCCAGAUCUCAUCACAGCCGGAUCCACAGAUGCCUUCUGGAGCUUUGAUUCAUGUGCCGCGUUACUUGGGCAACCUGCCCUUCAGAGUCUGGAAGAAGAUGCAGGACAUCAUCCAAAACACUCCUGUGAUUCUGGAUCCAAACACUGCACAUCCACGUCUCGUCCUGUCUGAUGAUCUGACCAGUGUGAGAUGCAGCUUGAAAAAACAACCUCUUCCUGAUAAUCCAGAGAGAUUUGACUCUUUUCCUUGUGUUCUGGGUUCAGAGGGUUUUAACUCAGGAACACACUGCUGGGAUGUGGAGGUUAAAAAGAGUUCAGGCUGGAUUCUUGGAGUAACUACAGCAUCAAACCAGAGGAAGGGACGUGUUUUCUUUAACACUGAUGUCUGGAGUGUGACGGACAGAUGUUCUGAUCAGUUUGGUUUUCGUGUUGAACAGAAGCUUGAGCGUGUGAGAGUGUAUCUGGACUACGACAGAGGAACAGUGUCAUUCUCUGAUCCUGUAACUAACACACAUCUACACACAUUCACAACCACCUUCACUCACACACUCUUUCCUUUCUUCUUCACUUAUUCCUCUCUGAGGAUCUUAUCGUUCAAUAGUCAGUAAAUGUUACUCCUGUA